AUGUUUUGGGAUGAAACUGUUGCAGAACUGAUAGCGUGUAAAAUAUAUGACAAAGUAACAGAAUUGGAAUAUCAAAGUGAUAUGAAAACGUAUUUUACAAAUUUCAAAAAAUUAUGUGACGAACCUGCAGUAUUCGUUAUUGAUCAAUGCUAUGCUGAAGAUGAAGAAAGAACAAAGAAAAAGUGCUUUAGAGUUUUUGCUUUGGUCAAGGACUUUGACAUCAGACGAAAACUUUUCGGAAAAAAUGAUAGGUUACGUAUUGAAUUCGAAUUAACUGAAAAAAAUUCAAUGAAUGAUGCCAUCGGUUAUUUGAAUGAAUUUAUGCAAAUCACUUGUAAUACUCUUUAUAAUCGCUUAGAAAAGGCAGGCGUGGAGAAGUGGCUGCGCUAUGUUGACGAUACGCUUGUGCUGUUAGCACCGGAUGCAUCGGUUGAAGAUAUCGUUGAAAUUCUAAAUACAUUUCAUCGUAGUAUUCGGUUUACUUGUGAACAAGAGGAGAACGGCUAUAUACCAUUCUUGGAUGUUAAGGUUAUACGAUCCUUGGAUAGUAAUCAAUUUCAGACAACGGUCCACCGAAAAAAGACCUUUAGUGGAUUAAUGACUAAAUGGUCUUCAUGUGUUCCACAUAGCUUCAAAAAAUCGGCGAUUCGUCUUGCUAUGCUAAACGGAUAUCCUGAAACGUUUAUUAAUACACAUAUCGGUAUAAGACUUAGUAAAUGGUUAGAGAAAAGUAAUGGUAAGAGUAAGAUUACUUCUAAAACACCUGACAAUGAAAACAAAAAACAUAUUUAUGUUGAGCUUCCGUAUGUCGAAGGACAGACAGAUGUACUCAAAACACGGCCACGUCAUUUUGCUAACAGGAUACGUCCAGAGGUGGACCUUCGUUUUAUAUUGAAACCCUCGCCAAGUGUACAAACUUAUUUCAAAAAUAAAGACUCAACUCCUAAACAUCUAGAAUCUGAUGUUGUGUACUCUGUCGGAUGUUCAGGAUGUACUGUCGGAUACGUAGGCAAAACAGGACGUCAAGUGAUCAGACGAUUACGGGAGCACGGAAUGGCAAAAGACGGAUUCCCAAAUGCAGUUCUUGAUGAGUCUGAGGAUGAGAUUAAUCUUAAUGUAACACAAGAUGCAAUUGGAUCAAUUCGAAAUAAACGCAAAACAAAAUGUCAGCCAUAG